UCCCCCUCCGUCCAGGCGGCGACGUCCCUGUCGCUCUCGGAGGCCCGCCAGCCAUGGCCGCGCGAGAUGUGAUCGGGCCGGCGCUGCCCCCGGGCUUCCCGCGCUCCGCCUCCCCCGACGACACCAACCAGGUUGCAGGGCCUGCACUGCCUCCUGACUACUCAAGCAAUCUGAAAGGACGAGGUUGUGAUGAAGACAGCACCUCUCCUUGUGUGCCCAGGGAAACAGAUACAGAUUCUGAAGAUGACCGAAAUAGAAGCCACGUGGCCAGAAAACAGAGAAGACUUCAAGAAGAUGAUGGAUUCUUUGGACCUGCUCUCCCACCUGGCUUUAAAAGGCAGGAUGAUUCUCCAGAAAGGCCGGUCAUAGGUCCUGCUUUACCGCCAGACUUCAAGAAACCAUCCGGACAAGAUGAAAUAAACAGAAGCGCCAAGGGGUCUUUUGUGCCAUCUCCGCUCACAUCUCAGGACAGUGAUAGCAGUGGAGAUGAAGAAGCCAUAAUUGGCCCAGUGCCUGCCAAGGGACCGGCUGAAUCUAGCGUAGCUGCAGAGUUUGAAUGCCGAGCUCGGAGAAUGAAAGAGAAACUUCUUGGUCACGACAGUAAUGAAUCCAAACAAGUCAAAAGGGAGUCUUGGAUGACAGAACUUCCCCCAGAACUCAAAGGCUUUGGACUUGGUGCACGGACGUUCAGAAGAAAAGCUGAUGACAAAUCAGGGGACAGAUCUGUUUGGACUGAUACCCCGGCUGACAGAGAGAAGAAAGCCAAAGAAAUGCAAGAUGGAAAGAAAUCAGCGAGUCAGGGCGACGGAGCAGUUGUGGUGUCAGAACGAGACAAGAAACUGGCUGAACAGGUGUCUUUGCACAAUGACUCUCAGAGGUCUGAAUCUCUUAUGGAGAUACACCAUAAAAAACUGAAGAGGAAGGCUGCUGAAGAAAAGGAUAAACCCCAAGAGAGAAGGCCGUUUGACCGCGACCAGGACCUUCAAGUCCAUCGAUUUGAUGAAGCGCAGAAGAGAGCCCUUAUAAAACAAUCCAGAGACUUGAACACCAGAUUUUCCCACAGCAAAUGCAACAUGUUUCUGUAAUGUGAGUGAAGAUGCUCAAGUACAUUGUGUGUUUCUAUGUAGCGGUAUCUAAUAAAACAACAUAAUCUUUGUAGAUACUA